UGCUGUGUCGGCGUCGCUGAUAACUGGACCGUCGCUGGCUCAAUGAACGGAGUAUGCCGAACUACUGCCUUGCGGUAGCCAUCGGUGAUCAGCUGCACGGAAGUUUCGUUGUCGUGUUACCGUGUUGUGUCAUGUAGUGACAACAAAGCGCGCUGGCGACUUUUCGUACGCUAUGCCCUGUAGCAAGCGACAGUCAGCUGAAUCGGCACAAGUCGCGAAGCACGUACUUAAAGGCGGGCUUUUAACCAUGCCCGCGCACAGUUACUUUGGGCAUUCAUUCCAUGGUGUUAUUACUAGAGCGUCAUUUGACACAUUCAGUGUGAUCGGUCAUGUCCAAGUGUAAACCGCAGCAUGUGCCAUACGUUUAGCUUAGCCGGCAAAGGCUUGUGAACGUAGCCAAUCGACGGCUGUAAUGGUGUGGGAUCUUGACUAGCGCCAUGUAUGAAACGCACAGGAUGCGGGUCCAGUCGUCGUCUUCUCAUCAGACAAACUGUGCCAGGAUCCGAAUAAUGUGAAUAUCGUGUGCAUUUACGUGCGUUCAUUGUGCCUUCGAAACCUAGCGGGUCUCCCACAACGUCAGGAGGCACGAAAAAGAAGGGGUUUUGGCCAUGGCCGACGUCUCGAGCUCCAAGACAGCCGAGGAAGGCUGUUCAGCGGCAGUGGAGCCAGACUUGCUGGUGCCCGUCUCGAUGAGUCCUGAAAACAGAGCAGUUUGGCGUCCUCCAACAACCGUUGAGGAGAUCGCCAACCUCUGCGUCCUGUGUACAUCCUGUGGAGCUCAGGUUAAUCAUCAUCGCAAGAGCAAGUUUCACAAGCACAAGCUUCUAAACGUAAUUGUUUGUAAACGGUGCUACCAGUACUACGGUGAUGGCCAGUUUCGACAGCCAGGCAGCGAUAGUGACGAGUACUGCAGUUGGUGUGCGGAAGGUGGUAUCCUGGUUUUGUGCGACCGUUGUGGCCGUGUCUUCUGCAAAGAGUGCAUCAGCCGCAACUUCUCCUGUCAAGAGCUGAGCCAUAUCGAGUCACUAGAUGAGUGGCAGUGCUUCGUGUGUGAUCCUGCUCCGCUUGAACCUAUGGUGAACUAUGCCAAUGUGAUCACUAACUACAGUCGACAGCUGAAGAAACAGAGGCCAUCAAGCACACGCAGCAAAAGGCCAAAACUUUCCGAAACUGACAUGAGGAACCUGGUGCUCAAUAAGGCGAGAGAAAUCAAGCACUCCCUCUCAGAACUAGCCAGACGACCAGAAGGGUUCCUAGCAGAAGCAAGCAAGCUGCUUCGUGACCAUGCUAGUGCUUUGUCUUGCAUGGCUGAAAAUGUGGAAACCUGUCAGAGGCAGCAUCUGAGGUCUGUAAAACGUGCCAAUAGAAAGAAACAUGGUAAAAACAGUUACCAUGAGGCUUUACCGUCAGUGGGCUCUCAGCCAAGUGUCAUUGCGACAACCGAGAACGAAAGGCUAAUUGCAGUUGAUGGAGAACAGCAUAUCGGUGGAUCUGAUAGAGACAACUGGAAAGAUAAGCAAGUGCAAGGGAGGAGCGAGUUAAGCUCUCAAGAUAAAACCAACGGUGUAGAAGUUAACCCCACAACUGAAAUAUUAGAUGUGUCAGCAAUUAAGAGAGAAAUCAACAGUCCAGAAGCUAGCCCCAGGCCUGAAGUGCCGGACGAAUCUGCAAUGAAGAUAGAAAUCGACAUUGCAGAAGUUAGCCGCAUAACUGAAAUGCUGAAUAUGUCUGAAACUAAGACAGAACUGGGGACAGAUGGGUGUUUUGAACAUUCUGCAGCAGGAAAUGGCGAUAGUGCAACUCGUGGAACCCUGAACAGCCCACUAACUGUUAACUCGGGUGGUGAAUUGCCAUCUUUGGCUGCAAAUAUCAAAUCUGAAGAUGUUUCCGAGAAUCUCAUUUCGGGCCUCCCCAUGGAGAUCAGUAGUAAGCACUGUAGCAUAGCUUCCAAGAAUGACGACAAAGAGACUGCUCCCACUGAAACUGAAGUUAAAGUGCAAGACAUAGAAGAAAGUCCACCCACUGGAAAUGCUUCCUCUGUCGCCGAUGAGCUAAGCUCUUCUACUUCAAGUGACAGUGAUUUUGAGAUUGGCACAAAGUCCUCAGCUUUUCAGUUUAAGUUUGUUAGGAAAGGCAAAGGUGGCAGCAAACCACCUUCAUCUUCUGAAGAGGACAGCAGCACGACAAGUGAGAGUUCCGAAACCGUUGAGGAGUGGGAGCAAAAGACUCGGCGUGCAACUCGUAGGCAGCUUUAUGAUAGCAAAAAGAGGCGCUCCAAAGUCGGCAGAUCCGCCCGAGCGAAACGCUCACGGAUGUCUAGUUGGCUCGUAAGUGAUUCCAGUGAAUCGUCAAGUGAGACCAGUGAUUGUUUGGAUGAUGAUGACGAAUGGCGGGAUUCAUCGCGGAGUAAAUCACGUGCUCAGAAGCGCAAGGCUUCUACUAAAAAGAAGUGUGCUUCUCGUGCUCCACCACCGAUGUCAGAAGAAGUUCUUCAGAGAUAUCUGGAAGAGGCAUUUGAGAGAUAUCAGGAUCCAAAGCUUACGAUGUGUGUGACUGUGGAUUUAGAACGGCUUGAGGUUGAUCAUUCGCAGUAUGCUCCAAAGUGUAUGACAUACGAGACAGAUGAGUGGAGCGGUGCCGAGGAACUAGAGGAUUCUUUCAACACUGCAAAGACACGGUUGUAUGAUUCAAGUAAUGACGGUGAUGAAGGAGAAGUUGGCGUGUCACCUACAAAGAGCCAGGACGGUGAUGGCAAAGGGCGCAGAAACAUCCGUAAGCUCAUCUCAGAUGAAGAGCUUGCUCAGCAGACUAAGGCAGCUGCUGAGGCAGAAGAAGAAAGAAAACGACGCAUUGCUGAAAGGCGGAAGCUGUACUACGAAGUCCUAGGAACUCAAGUUGGAGAAACUCAUGAGAAGAUGACGGAACUGGUGCUUGAAAUGGACCUGCAGACAAAGGAGCCCCUUGUGCAAGUCAAUGAAAAGCUCGUCAAGUUCAUGAAGCCUCAUCAGGUGAAAGGUGUCAAGUUCAUCUAUGACUGUGUCAUUGAGUCAUUGGAGAUGCUGAAAAAGGACCCAGAAAAAGGAUCUGGCUGCAUCUUGGCUCACUGCAUGGGACUGGGAAAAUCAUUCCAGGUGAUAUCUUUCCUGCACACAAUGAUGACCCACAAAGAGGCUGGUGCCUUGCUUAACACUGCCCUUGUUAUAUGUCCCUACAACACUGUCUACAAUUGGGCUAAUGAAUUUGACCAAUGGCUACAUAGAAAUGGAAUAGACAUGAAGGUGUAUGAAGUGUCUUCCAUGAAAGUAAAUACGCUGAGGCUGGAGACGCUAGAGAGGUGGCACAACGAAGGUGGUGUGGCCAUCAUCGCCUACAGCUUGUUCUGUCAUCUCAUAAAAGGAAGCGGCAAACGAAAGAAAACGGCAUGGCUCAGUCGAUACAAGAAAAUCCUCCUCAACCCAGGGCCACGCCUUGUAAUUUGUGACGAAGGACAUGUGCUGAAGAAUGCUAGCACUAGCUUGUCCAAAGCACUGAGUUCCAUGAAGACUGGCCGGAGGAUCGUCCUGACCGGUACCCCCUUGCAGAACAACCUGACAGAAUAUCAUUGCAUGGUGAGCUUUAUUAAGCCAGGACUCCUUGGAACAAAGACUGAGUUUAUCAACCGAUUUGUGAACCCUAUUGCCAAUGGACAGUGUGCGGACUCCACCUUUCAUGAUGUACAGCUGAUGAAAAAGAGGGUCCAUAUCCUUCACCGUCUUCUUGAAGGAUUUGUACAGCGCUGUGACAAGACUGCCCUGGCUCCAUACCUUCCCCCCAAGCACGAGUAUGUGAUCAGGGUACGGCUGUCCGACAUACAAGUGUCGCUGUAUCGGCACUUUCUGGAGCACCUCACGCUGGGCGCCGGCGACCAGCGAAUGAACAACAUUUCACUCUUCACGGACUACUUCACUCUGCAGAACAUCAGUACGCACCCUCUGCUGCUUGAGCUUAGCGACGACAGGGUUUCCGCCAGAGAUUUUCUCAAGGACGACGAUGAAGAAGAGAGUGACAGUGCCAUCCCUUUCAUCGAUGAUGAUGUUGUCUCAGAGAAAAGCACACCUGAGGCAACUGAUGAGGAGGUUGACGCUGCAGACACUGGAGGGGAUCCAGCUGCUCUAUCGAAAGAGGGACCUGAAAAGGACGACAUUGAUGGUGGAAGUGGGGCUGUCCAGUCUACGUCAUUAUACCACACAAGGAGUCGAGGUGACGUAGACAACCGGCCACCUACGCCACAAGAGCUGAGAAAGAAGCAGUGGUGGGAUGAAUAUGUCUCUGAAGAAGAAAUCGAGAAGCUGCAGAUCAGUGGGAAACUCACCUUAUUUUAUGACAUCCUCCAAGAAUGUGAUGCCAUUGGUGACAAAGUUUUACUUUUCAGUCAGAGCCUGUUGACUCUGGACUUGGUGGAAAGGAUGCUUGAGCAUUGCAACGGGCAGCCAGCAACAGGUGACACCGAAACAGAUGUCGCAGAUCCCACUGACCCAUUGAAAGACUGCCACAACACGUGGGUGCUGGGCAUCGACUACUUCCGCAUUGAUGGUGCGACGUCGGUGGAUUUGCGCUCACGCUGGAUCAGCAUGUUCAACGAUGAAAACAACCACCGUGGUCGUUUGUUCCUCGUGUCGACAAGGGCGGGCUCGCUGGGCACUAACCUUGUGGGUGCGAAUCGUGUGGUGCUCAUGGAUGCCUCGUGGAAUCCCACACAUGACACGCAGGCCAUCUUUCGUGUGUAUCGGUUUGGCCAGAAGAAGCCUGUUUUCAUCUAUCGCCUACUCGCACAGGGGACUAUGGAGGAGAAGAUCUACAACCGCCAGGUGACCAAACUGGCACUGGCAUGCCGUGUGGUGGAUAAGCGACAUGUCGGGCGUCUCUUCAAUGCAGCUGAGCUUGUCGAUCUGUACACCUUCAACCCAGUGGGCAAGGACGAACCACAGUCUACACCUAAGGUGCCAAGCGACCGGCUUCUGGCAGAGCUGCUGAUCCGCAACAAAGACUGGAUUGUGUCCUACCAUGAGCAUGAUUCACUGCUCCAGAAUGUCAAAACGGAGGAACUGACAGAGGAAGAGCAUAAGUUAGCUUGGGAAGAGUACAAGAACGAGCGUGAGGGACGAAUCGUUGCCUCAACACCAACAGACACUGCUUUGACACCUGUGCCGGCAACCAUGGCAAUGAAAGCAAAGCCAACCAGCCUACGCCGACUUCCUCGUGAUGGCAAGAAAGCUAGAAAACGUCGUCCAAGGCCAAAAGUUAUUCGAAUACCGAUACACGUGCCCAUGGGCACUGGGGCAACAGCAUCAGCUACAUCCACACCAAUGUUUGUAAGCUCAACAAUGGGAGUGAUGACAAUGACAACCGCAAGCGGCCUGAACGUUGUGGGACAGAAUUUUGGUGGCACAAACAUGACCAAUGUAGUCAUGGCGCCAAGAGUUGUACAAGUGGCUAUGAACACUGUACCAGCCACAUCGACUGUGACUGCUUCACCUGUAACUACCUCAACAACUGCUGUGGCAUCACCGACAGUGCCAACUAAGGUACUCAUGAUGUCACCCAGUUUCAUCGACCCAAGGACAAUGAAAGCUUUCACUACACCAACGGUAGUUCAGGUACCAGUAACGGUGCCCUUCAAUAGUCUUACAGGAGUGGCUCCAAUGCAAGGUGGCACCCAAGCAUUAUUUGUGCCAAGAGGGGUUGCUACAGGAACGAACCUUCAGCUUGCAGCUCCAAGAAGAGUGCUACAAGUGCAGGUACCAGUGAGCACAAGCACUACAGCAGCACCAAGAAGAGUGCUACAAGUGCAGGUACCAGGGAGCACAAGCACUACAGCAGCACCAAGAAGAGUGGUACAAGUGCAGGUACCAGGGAGCACAAGCACUACAGCAGCACCAAGAAGAGUGGUACAAGUGCAAGUACCAGUUCCCACAAACACUACAACAGCAGCAGCAGCAGCAGGCACAGCAGCCUCAACAUCAACCUCAACAAUGCCAACUGCAGCCCCAACAUCAGUAGCAACAACUGACCUACAAAUGAUGGUGCAAGAAGUUAAUGACUCAAACACCACCAGUGCACCUGCUUCAUCAAAAGUAGUGCAAGUGCCAGUAGCCACGGACAGUACAACAGCAACAGAAGCUAACCCUCAAGCACAAACGGUGUUGCCAAAUAGGCCAUUUGCCUUCCAUUAUAUAGCUCACAAGUUUGUUAAUCUGGGCACAUCAGGGAAUGUUGAGAAUUCCCUGCCACCACUGUCAGCAGCUGUGGCUUCGGCAGCAGGUGAGACUAUUUUAUUUGUACACUCUGCUAAUUUUUGAAGCCACUGGACCCAUAAGCAAUAAAAAUGCAGCUUUCCAGCAGCUGCUAAAAGGAACAAGCUUAGGUCUGAUGCUGCUUUUAAAUUCUGCUUUGUUAAAACUUGCGGGGACAUAAAAACAAGUUAGGGCAGCAAUUUCAUUGUUCACGAGUGUGCAAAAGAAUGAGAAGGACAAUAGCAGAUGCUUAAGAGCGUACGAAUGGGCACUG